AUCGCUUCUUGUCUUUUUGCUCUGCAACAUCUUUUCUCUUCUCCCUAAGAUUCUUACCACAUACUCCUACUAUACUACGGCCCCUACUCCACGCCUACAGCUCCCAUUACGACCAACUACAACCAAUAUUACUCUCCUGACACAACCUCCUUUCUUCCUCCCACCAAUCCCCGUUACUCCUGUGACUCCUGUGACUGCGGGUUAGACAAUCGACUCAAGGUUCACAGUCUAUUGAACUAUACGAACUGCCACGACUUCACCGCUUGCCCCACACCCGUUUUGAGUUGCGGGCUGCAUCACGCAGGCUAUUCACUAGUGAUCAAUACUAUUAGGUGCCUACAUACAUUUAUAGGCACGCUUCGAAAUAUUGACCGAUAUAUAUUACUCGCGAGCACGCCGGUUCAAUAUCCUUGAGUGAAGGCUCAAAAAUCUCUCUUCCUCUUAUCUCUUUCUUUCUUUACUCCUACUAUUCUCCAGUAUGGCAGCGGUCAUCGCCCCAUCUUUUCCUAAUCCACAUGAGUCCUCCUUCCUUCACCCCCGGCACUCAAUGAACCUGCUCGCUACGGAAGUUGAGAUGGGAAACCUUAAUCCCUACCAACAAUUCCUGUCUUCCUCCCCAGCACCCGCCCGGACUCUGAACCGUCAGCGUUCUACAUCUUUCCCCUCAGUCCACUAUUCGGGUUCCCCAGAACAUCAGCCUGUCGAGCAACGACGUAGGAAAGCGAGUCCCAGUCGUCACCAUCGCUCGCAACGUCACGCUCGUACCCAGUCGCACCAGCCGAGGUUCUCUCGAAACUCGCAGUUGGUGAACCCCGAUGUUAUUGAUCGUCUGGACGACGCCGGAGUAUAUCAGUACCACCAUGAAGGGCCCUACGAUGCUGUCUACCCCGAGCGAAAUGUGAUCGACAAGCUCAGCCCGGUGGCCGCCCUGCGCGAGUCUAACGCAGAGGCCCUCAAGGCUACCCCACACGAUAAAAUUGUGGACUGCCUCGAUAGUCAUCGCCCCCUCGAUGGUGUGGCUCAUUACCCCCCAGGUCACACGGACCCUCAGGGCCAUACAUACGAAUACGAGGAGGGAAACAACAUGAUGAACGACUACGGGAACUUUAUGCGCUGUCCCGGCAUGAAAUUCAAGGAUGAGGAUUUUAAGAAUGACCCUUUUUACAAUACCCCUCAUCCGAACCCAUUUGCGAGUCUGCGCAAGAGAUUCAGUCUUCGUCGUCGUAACCGUCGCGGGACGAACUAGAGUCAAGUUACAAGUAUUCCCGCCGGACUAUACCGGUUGUGACAACCGUGCUCCUGAGUCGAUUCCAGGCUGAGUCGCGAGCGCGCAAAUGUCUGGUGAUAUUAUCCCAAGAGGGAACUUGGAUACAUUUGCUUCCCCUGUAUUUAUAUAUACCAUGUUGUCUUCUUUCUACCGGCCAUGGCUCCGGUGAACAAGAACGACGACAAUCUAUGCUUUGUAAUCGGAGUUGAAGCACGGAGUUAGCGUCUGGAGGGGCAUCUUCAGUCGGUGCUCUUAUGAUUUUAGGAGUUUUUUUUUUUUUUU